UGAUUUCUACGCUACCCUUAAAAAUUUGAUAACGUAGAUACUCAUCGUAUUAAAAAGAUGCUUAUAACAAAUAAAUAUCAUUGAAUUUCAUUCAUGGUCAUCUGCAACCAAGUCACAGGCAUUGACAAGAAUUUUCACACUAGGACAAAGGUCGGAUAAACCAGUGAGUGCAUCGAACGAGAAUGUCAACUCCAGCCAGAAGACGUUUGAUGAGAGAUUUCAAACGGCUACAGGAGGAUCCACCGACAGGGGUAUCAGGUGCACCCACUGAUAACAACAUCAUGAUAUGGAAUGCUGUGAUAUUUGGACCCCAUGACACUCCCUUUGAGGAUGGCACAUUCAAACUAACGAUAGAAUUUACAGAGGAAUAUCCCAAUAAACCUCCAACUGUGCAGUUUGUUUCAAAAAUGUUUCAUCCAAAUGUGUAUGCGGAUGGUGGAAUUUGCUUAGACAUAUUGCAAAAUCGGUGGAGCCCUACCUAUGAUGUUUCAGCUAUCCUAACGUCCAUACAGUCUUUGUUGAGUGACCCCAACCCCAACUCACCUGCUAAUUCCAUGGCAGCACAGCUAUAUAAAGAGAAUCGUCGAGAAUAUGAGAAACGGGUUAAAGCAUGUGUAGAACAAUCUUUUAUUGACUAGAAGGCACCAGACAUCAACAGCAAAGAUGGCAUGCUCAACAGUGCCCUCAUUCCACAAUUCAUCUGAGCACUUCAAUUUGUUAUAGGAGGAAUCUGUUUAUUUAUUGAUAGACCAGUCUCUAUAAUGAGGUUUAAAUUAUGGUAUACACUCCGAAGCUGCUUGAAAGCUUUAAGAUUUUCUAUACUGACAUUAAUUUUUAAACUAUAAUUAGGUUCAGGUAGUUGUUAAUACCUACUCAUAGUCAUAAUACUCAUAAAAUUAGCAUGAUAAUUAAGUGAUUGUGAUAAUAGUCUAUAAUAUGGACAUUAGGCACAUGCAGUUCAUAUUUGUCAUCAUCAUGACAAUAGGCGAGGUUAGCUUCAAAUAUGAAGACAGCGGGCCUGUAUGUGUAACCGAACCAUACUAUAAUUUCUCUUCAUUGCAACGCUCUUCAACAGCAUAUAAAAGCAGCAAAACCAAAACCUUUUCAUCUCAGAACAGAAGGUUAACCUCAUUCUAAAGUCGGCUUAAAGUUCAGGGUGGAAUUCAAAUAUAAAACAUUUGAAACUCACACCACCCACCAUCAACCCAUUGUUUCACUUCUUGCAAGUCCAUUAAUAAUGUAUAGUAUUUCACAUUCAGGUAAGAUGGCUGCAGUUAGGUGGCUGGAUCCCACUUGGACACCUUUAAUUUGAGCAUUUUCUUUUACAUUGUAAUUUUAAAUAAGUCAUGUUUUCAAUGACGGACUUUGGCCUGAGAAGAGGCUUUGAAUAUAUUCUGUCAAUAAAUACUUGUCAUUACAACAGCUUUUUCUUCAACCUGGGCACAUAAUAAUGAAUGUUGGUCUGUUAC